UGCCCCGGCGGCGGCGUCUCCCUCCGACCGGCGGUGUCCCAGGCAGGCCCCGGGAGGUGUCCGGCGGGCGGGCGGACGCGAUGUGGCGGCUCCGCUGCAAGGCCAAGAACGGCACUCACGUCCUGCAGGGCCUCUCGAGCCGGUCCCGCGUGCGGGAGCUCGAGGGCCAGAUAGCCGCCGUCACCGGGAUCGCCCCCGGCGGGCAGCGGAUCCUCGUCGGCUUCCCUCCCGAGUGCCUGGACCUCAGCGACGGGGAGACCGUGCUGGGGGACCUGCCCAUCCAGUCGGGCCAGGCCUGGGACAUUCUCCGCUUCCCUUCGCUUCUCUCUCUGGGAGCCCCUUUCACCGCCUCCUGUGUCUUGUUUCGGGUGAUGCCUGAAAGGGAGCUGUGGCCAGAGGGCCCUGGCACGGAACCCGUGACCCACAUUGGCAGCUGUGACAGCAUGACGAGCAUCAACUCCACUCACUCGGGAUUUAGUGACAACAGCUACGACUUCCUAUCAGCAGAAGAAAAAGAGUGUCUACUUUUCCUGGAAGAGACCAUUGGGUCCUUAGACAAGGAGGCUGACAGUGGCCUCUCUACUGACGAAUCUGAGCCAGCCACACCCCAGGGCCCAAGGACACAGCCUGCUCUCCAGGGCUCUCCAGAGGAAAGACUGACUCAGGAGGGAUCAGAGCAGAAGAGGGAUAUUCAAUCCAGUCUGACCCAUCUUCGGCAAGCCCAAGAGCUGGGCCUUAAGUCUGGAUCCCACAGCCUUCCCCGGAACAUCCAUAUUAGCAGGGACCAGAGCCUUAGAGAGGGCUCCACCUGUCUCUCUAGUCAGUCUGAAGGACAUAUCCCUAAAGGGCUUGUGUCAACACCUUUGCAAAACAGAGGCAGCAGUGUGGCCCCACCUGUCUCUCCAGGGACACCUUCUGAAUUAGCGGAGGUACUCAUACCCCCACCAGAGGCUUUCCGGGACACUUACCAGAAGCAAGGUACUAGAGGGAGCCUCUCCCUUAAAGAGAAGACAAAGCCAGGUCAAGGAAACUUGCCCUGGCCCCACUCGGCACCUGACACCCAGAAGAAAGAAGCAUUUUUGAAGAAUAUGUCCCAAAGAACCAGUGAGAAGAACUUGGAAGGGGUCUCAAGGCAGCCUGGGCUGCCUCCGACUCUGCCUUCUGAAAACCGGGGAUCUGAAGACUUUCCCCUCCCGGCAGGAGAUGAUAAGGGUACUAAAUUUCCUCCCCCAACAGCUCCCAAGUCCCGCAAACUUCCCCCCAAUAUUAUACUGAAGACCAGUCGCAGUAACUUUCCUAGUGACCCUCAGAACCGGUUCUCUCACCGUUCUCAAGCUACCCCAAGAGAAGCGACUCUGGAGCGUGCUGGUUCUGUAGCCUCUGGGCUCCAGGAGCAGAGGCGAGCCAGGCGAGAGGCACUAGAGAAGUUAGGACUCCCCCAAGACCACAAUGAUGAACCCAACCUCCAUUUGGCCAAGUCUGGGAGCAUUCUCAGGUCUAAGCAAUCACCAGCUCAGGCUCCCACUCCAGACCCUGCUCCCAUUCUGGCUCCUGCUCCAAGCCAGGCUCCUGCUCCAGUCCGGGCUUCAGUUCCAGCCCCUGCUCCUGCUCCAGUUUCUGCUUCUAGUGGAGUCCAGGCUCCAGUUUCAUCUCAAGCUGUAGCUUCUGUUCCUGCUUCAGCUAAGGCUACAGGUCCUCCGUCCACACCCAUCCCCAUCCCCAAGCCCACAAAAGUCAGCAGCAGCCCCCCAACUCAAUCAAGAUCGGACUCCAGACUGGAGCUGAAGGAAGGCUCCAUCCCUGGCCUUCGGCAGAUGAACUUCAAGUCCAACACUCUGGAACGGUCAGGAGUGGGGCUGAGCAGUUACCUCUUAGCUGAAAAGCACAACCCACCCCAGACCAGCACUUCUCUGGGCAAGGUCCCUUUCUUGGACAGGAUCUCGCCGAAUGUUCUGCGCAACACCAGGCCCCGUCCAGCCUCUUUGGGUGGAGGGAAAGACUUUGCCAACAUCCAGGUGGGCAAGCUGGCAGACCUAGAGCAGGAAAAGAGCUCCCAACGUUUCUCCUACCCAGGACAGAGCCGAGACAAGCUUCCCCGGCCUCCAUGUGUCAGUGUUAAGAUCACCCCCAAAGGCAUUCCAGAUGAGAACCGUCGGGAGGCCUUAAAGAAACUGGGCCUGCUGAAGGAGUAGACUCAGGGCUGCUGGGUGAGGAGAGGCAUUAGACGCUCUCUAAGGACUCCUGGUUCUGCAGAGGGACUGGUGUGAAGGAUAUCCUUUGGAUGUUUUCCCCUUUCUUUCUAGAGGGUUAGAAGUGGAUGGUGAGGGGAGAGGAGAAGGAGAGGAGAGAGAAAGGAGAGAUUCAGCCUUGAGCUUCGCAGAGGCUGUCAGUAAAGUUCCUAAGAAGCUGUCUUGUAUGUGUGUGUGUGUGUGUGUGUGUGUGUGUGUGUGUGUGUGUGUGUGUGUUCUAUAAUAAUAUGAGAUGGUAUUAUUAAUACAGCAAGUCCCAAAAGUCUUAGUGCAGUUGUGAGUUUAUGAAAGCUUAAGUUUAAGCUUAUUAAACUGUGAGACUGCACUAAGACUUUUAGGACACAUUGUAUGUAUUAGUCUGUAUAUAUCAUGGGGAUAUUUAUAUUACAAUAGUAAUAAUUGCUCAGGACUCUGAUCUUAAAGGAGGUGUCUCUCUACUUGCUGGCGUCCAGCUGGAUGGGGAAGAAAAAUAUAUAAGGGUGGUCAAGGUUGUUAAGAGGAUAAGAUAUCAAGAAAGGCACUGGGUUGAUGACUUCACUGACACAGGAAAUGCCCACUACUAAUGCAGGUCAGCAUCUUCUGCCCUCUCUGCAACUUAGGAGCAGUGAGAGGUUCAUUUUCCCAGGGUCACUAAGGCAGUUUGUGUCAGGUCUUUCUGUCUCUGAGGCAGCUUUUGGCUGUCUCCACCACGCCAUCUCUCCAAAAUGAGAUAACUUUCAUGAAAGUGCUUUUAAAAGAGUUCACAAUCAUAAAAUGUAAAUGUGGCUCUACUAGGAUCUGGGCAGUGAGUUCAUUCCUAAGCUGGGGCUCAGUGGUUGAUGCUGUUGUACAUUCUCUCCCCUCACCUGAGACCCCAAGAUAAGUCCAACCACCUGAUUGGGCAAAGGGACAGAGGAAGAGGCCAGAUAUCCAUGUCUCACCUCUUUUCCCACUAUCCCAGAGUAUGGUUUGUUGCCAUGAGGUCACCACCUGACCAUACUUGUUCUGUAUUGUGGGGUUGGGGAUUGGGAGUGGGAGUGGGAGCAGGGAGGUCAUUCUAGUCCCUGAGAUGCUGCUUCUCACCAUCCUUCUCUACCUACAUAUCCCCCUUUUGUGAGAGUCCG